UAGAAUACUGAAGAUGACUCCGGUUAUGAGAUACAGACAACCAAGUUCUUUAUGAUUGCAGUACACCACCACCCCACUGGACUGCUUAAGACAGCUAAAAGUGUUGGAUUUCAAUAUCCUACUACAUUAAGAUUAUUCCACAUCGGUUAUGUUCUAGGCGUAAUAUAUGGAUUCUUGUUCUCACUCAUCUUAACAGCGAGAGAAAACUACUACUCAGAUGCUAGUCUAAUCAGUAGCAUCGUACUUGGAGUUAUCAUCUCUGAGACAGGAUUAUUUAUCAGCUUUUUCUGGGAGUAUAUACUACGAGUUGGACUACUGGUUUAGAUCUUGAAGGUCUUUGUUUACCGGAUCCAAGUUCUCUUGUGCUUUUCAUGACCAUCAUGUUAAGUGCAUUAAGUAUAGUGGUAUCCAGCGUAUAUUUGAAAAACCAACAUUUGUAUACAAGCUGUACGAAUAUCAUGACAUUCACUUUGGUAGUCGCCUUCUUAAUGUUAGUCUGUACGGAAUACUUAGGACUAUCUCUUUAUAUUAAUGAUAAUGCAUUUGGUAAUGGACUUUUCAUCUUAACUGGUAUACAUUUUAGCCAUGUUAUUGUUGGAGCUAUCCUUGUAUUCUUCACUCAAAGUAUCUAUAGUUCUUUAGUUACUUACAUGCCUACAAGCUCUAUAAUGCUAAGCAAAUCUAAAGGUAUGUUAUGCAAGAUCUUUACAGAACCAUUCACUAUUUUAUAUCUACACUUUGUAGAAACCAUGUGGAUAUUAAUCCACAUUACAUUCUAUCUCUAA